UGGCGAAAUUGUGACUCUUGAGGAUCAACUUAUUUUUAUGUUCGAUAAUUAACAAUUUCUAAGUAAACCAAUGCAGUUUUGUAAUUCUUAUUGUUAUAUUUAUUAACAUUUAUUAGUUUGGAGUCUAUAAAUGGAAUAAAUUUAUCUUAAUGUAAUUAUGUUACUUGAAACCAGUUGAUCGUAUUUUUGCUAUUCAGUGUAAAUUUUCUUCCACUGGGCUACAUUCAUUUAUACGUAGGUUAAAAUAAUGAAUAAUUGUGGUGGAGUUGGAGGAGGCGGGGUGGGUGCUGGAGGAGGCCCGUACGACGCCAAGAUCGCGGGGCUCUACGACCUGCUGGACACCCUCGGCUCGGGGCACUUUGCAGUGGUGAAACUGGCCCGGCAUGUAUUCACAGGAGAAAAAGUGGCUGUGAAAGUUAUAGACAAAAGCAAGCUGGAUGAAGUGUCUAAAUCACAUUUGUUUCAAGAGGUUCGGUGUAUGAAAUUAGUGCAGCAUCCAAAUGUUGUUCGACUAUAUGAAGUGAUAGACACACAAACUAAACUAUAUUUAAUACUAGAAUUAGGAGAUGGCGGAGAUUUAUAUGACUACAUAAUGAGACAUGAAUCUGGACUAUCAGAAUCUCUUGCUCGUGAUUAUUUCCGUCAAAUAGUUCGCGCUAUAUCAUACUGUCAUAGGUUACACGUUGUGCAUCGUGACUUGAAACCAGAAAAUGUAGUGUUUUUUGAAAAACUAGGAGUAGUUAAAUUGACUGACUUUGGUUUUAGCAAUAAAUUCUGUCCAGGUCAAAAACUAGAGACUUCAUGUGGAUCCUUAGCUUAUUCUGCCCCAGAGAUACUCUUGGGUGACUCUUAUGAUGCUCCGGCUGUGGAUGUGUGGUCCCUUGGUGUUAUUCUGUACAUGUUAGUGUGUGGACAAGCUCCAUUUCAAGAAGCUAAUGAUAGUGAAACAUUGACAAUGAUAAUGGACUGUAAAUAUACUAUACCACCUCAUAUAUCAAAAUCUUGUAAAAGGCUUAUAGGUAGAAUGUUAGUGAGGGAACCUGAGAAAAGAGCUACACUUUCAGAAAUAGCCACUGAUCCGUGGGUAACAGCGGGUGAAGGCAUCACUGUUGAAGACUUUGACACUCCGCUGGUAGCCAAGGAGCAGCUGUCGGAGGAUGACCGCACCGCUAUCAUCCAACGCAUGGUCAAUGGAUCUAUAGCAACUAAAGAAGAGAUUUUAGAAUAUUUAGAAAAGAAUGACUAUAAUCAUAUUACUGCUACAUAUUAUUUAUUAGCAGAAAGGAAAUUAAGAACUAAAAGGCUAGACACGCUCCGACGCGGGGAGGCGGGGCGCGGCGCGCGGCGGCCCGAGGCGCUGGGCGUGGCGCGGGGCGCGGGCGCGCAGGGGGGCGCCACGAGGAACCUGCUGGCGCCGCCCGCGCUGCCCGCCGCGCCGCGCACGCCGCAGGACGUGCCGCCGGUGCGGCGGCCCGAGGCACUGGGCGUGGCGCGGGGCGCGGGCGCGCAGGGGGGCGCCACGAGGAACCUGCUGGCGCCGCCCGCGCUGCCCGCCGCGCCGCGCACGCCGCAGGACGUGCCGCCGCGCUCGCGCAAGUGCAGUAUAGUCCGUGAGGAAGAAGACGAUGAAGAGGCCGCGGUGGCGGGCGGCGGCGCCACGCGUUCUUCGGACGCGCGCCGCGGCUCGCGUUCCGAGGGCCGCCUGCAUCUAGCCGCGAGAGCCGCGCCCGCGCCUCAACUCGUGGCCCGCCCUGCGCAACUGGCUGAUAACCUUACUAAGUGCAGUAUAGUCCGCGAGGAAGAAGACGAUGAAGAAGCCGCCGUGGCGGGCAGCGGCACGACGCGGUCUUCGGACGCGCGCCGCGGCUCGCGCUCUGAAGGCCGCCUGCAUUUAGCCGCACGAGGCGCGCCCGCGCCGCAACUCGUGGCCCGCCCUGCGCAACUGGCUGAUAACCUUACAAAGGUGAACCUCACGGAAGGCGUGAGCGGCGAGGCGGCGCGGCGCGGGCGCGCCGAGUGCCGGCGGCGGCGCGGCGGCUCCUGCUCCUCCUCCGACCUGUCCGACGACGACUCCGAGAAGAAGAAACGGGCCGCUGAGCACAAGCCGCUGCCUGACAGAGCUCCGCAACGUGGCGGCUCGUGUUCCUCGUCCAACUUAUCCGAUGAUGACUCCGAGAAGAAGAAGCGCGCCGCUAAGCACAAGCCGCUGCCUGACAGAGCUCGUCGGGACUCGCAUGAUGACUCCAGCGACAUGUAUGAUUUUGGAACUCUCGGGUUAAAGGCGCGGCGCGGCCGCGAGGACUGCUGGCGGCGGCGCGGCGGCUCCUGCUCCUCCUCCGACCUGUCCGACGACGACUCCGAGAAGAAGAAACGGGCUGCUGAGCACAAGCCGCUGCCUGACAGAGCUCGUCGGGACUCGCAUGACGACUCCAGCGACAGGUAUGAUUUUGGAACUCUCGGGUAA